UUUUCCAUCUCCACAUAAGAAAGAACAAGAAAUUUGGGAGAAAAAAACCCCAAAAAACCCAAAAAGUUCAUAUCUUUGGGAGCCCUUCAGAAAUAUCAAAAGCUGUUUGUCUACAGAUCUUAUCCCCCUCUCCCUUUCUCUUGGUUGUAGUGAGAUACACUCAGCAGAAUUGUGGUCUUUUUGAGAAGCUAGUUUCGGUUGGAUUCGUAUUCAAUUUGGAUAAUUUGGAGAAGUUUUGAUUAGAAGAGGAGAGGAAAAAGUUGAAACAUGGGUUACAUGUGUGACUACUGCCAGGUUCAAAGGUCCAUGGUGCACUGCCGGUCUGAUGCGGCAUGCUUGUGUUUAUCGUGCGACAGAAAUGUCCACUCCGCAAAUGCCCUGUCUAGGCGUCACUUGAGAACACUUAUUUGCGAAAGAUGCAAUUCACAGCCUGCAUUAGUUAGAUGCACAGAAGAGAGAGUGUCUCUUUGUCAGAAUUGUGAUUGGAUGGGUCACCAAGCAUCUACUUCAGCUUCUGGACAUAAGAGGCAAACCCUCAACUGUUACUCCGGCUGCCCAUCAUCUGCCGAACUGUCGUCUAUCUGGUCAUUCGUAUCAGAUUUACCUUCUAACGGAGAAUCUGCUUGCGAGCAGGAAAUGGGAUUGAUGAGCAUCGCUGAGAACAGCACCAGAAGUGAAUGGAGCCAAACUGAAAGUAACACCAGGCAAAGUGCAUCUGGUGCAGAUGAAGUGAAUCCUGCGCAUUCCAUGGAGAAGUCUGGUAUUCUGGUUGGUUCCUCUUCGGUGCCUGAACGUAGUCAUGCUCGUCAUGUUGUUGGCCAGCUGUCCGGAUCUGUAAAUGCUUCAUUGCCUAAGCUGUACUCUCAUGGGGGCAAAGGUACUGGACUCCCUGAAGACGAUGACCUUUAUGAUGAUUUAGACAUGGAUGAAAUGGAAUUGAAUCUUGAAAAUUAUGACGAACUGUUUGGUGUAUCUCUCAAUCACUCUGAAGAGCUUUUCAAGAACGGCGGGAUUGAUAGCUUGUUUGGGGCAAAGAACGUGUCCAGGGAUUGUCAAGAUGCGGUUGCUGCUGAUGGGUCUUCAUUUGGACUGGGAAAUGCUCCACAGCCAGCGUGCAGUAACGCAGCAUCUGCUGAUUCUGUAAUGAGUACGAAAACUGAUCCAGUUAUCUGCUUUCCAGCAAAACAAGCACAUUCAAACCUUUCGUUUUCGGGCAUCACUGGAGAGAGUAGUGCUGGUGAUUGUCAAGAUUGUGGAGCGUCCUCAACGCCAUGGUAUCCUCCUUGCCCUGAGAGUUCCAUGCAGUCAGCUAACCGUAGUAAUGCUGUUAUGCGUUACAAGGAAAAGAAGAAGGCUCGCAAGUUUGAGAAAAGGGUGAGGUAUGCUUCUCGCAAAGCACGGGCUGAUGUAAGAAAGCGUGUCAAGGGCCGCUUCAUUAAAGCUGGUGAAGCUUAUGACUAUGACCCUUUGAACCAGGCCAGAACCAGAAGCUACUGAUGAAAAGCUGUAUGAUUUGUAUCACAGGGCCUUGGUUUCAUUGAAAGAGAAGGGUUGAUGCAAACGGCCAGGUUCUGAUGCUUCACUAAUAAAGUGGAGGAGCAGAUUUCUGAUUCUAAUCACCAUGACAGAUUGACUGAUCGUUGCAUUAUCCAGAGCGUUCGUUUCCCUUUAUGUUUCUCUAGCCGAAGUUCAUCUGUUCAAUUAUUCUCCCGGGAGGAUUCACAUUGGUCUUCCAAACCAUUACUAUGCUUGAUGCCUCGAUUAUCCCUGUUAUUAUAUUGUCCUCCUGCUCCGAUGACUCCUAUAAAAAGCGGCUGCCAUGGCAUCUUUGCGGCUGAACUUGUAGUUUCCGGUCAUUAGGUUAGCCUUGGCUUGUUAUUUUUCCCCUUUUUCUGUUCAUUUGACAUGCACAUGAUCUGUACGUAUGCCGUUGAGUGUUAUGAGCUCUGACCUAAGAGGUAAACUCGAACUUGUAAAUUUCGCUUUCAUUUUUGUUGGCCUGGGUAGACAA